AGCCGAUACUACCCAACAUGCUUGGACUCAAGCAAGAAGGAGAGACUUGUCAGAUAUCUGAAAUGUUGCAGAUGUCUUCGUCGUCGAGGUUUGGGCGAUAGAUGCGGCUCCGGUAGAUGCGACUUCGACAAGUAACUUGAUACCCAAAUAGCGACGAUGAUUUGGCUUCUCUCUCGUUUACGCCAGCUAGCCCUAGACGAGGAUCGGCAGAACGACUUUUGGUCUGGAGGCAUCACGUUUUCCUUGAUUUAAGGGUCGAGGAUAAUUUAAGAGUAUGAUGGUAGAAUGAAAAGCGUACUUCCCCCAAUCGAACGGCAUGAUGUUUUCGUUCGGGCGUGACGCCAACAUCAACUGGAAACACGGAAUCAACGCACUCCCGGAGGAGGAACAAGACGGGAAGGGGAGGAUAUCAAUAUAAAUCGCACCCUCUAAUUGAUACUGACUCCUUCCAUAGCGAUCCACGCUUCGGCGAGUGGCGACAUAUUCGCGGUAGCUUGGUACCUGUGGCUGCCUGCAACUUUGUUGCUCCUUUUGCUUAAGGCUGGUCAGGGAAAUCUUAGGCACAUUGCCCAAUAGAGUCGAAUCAUCAAGACUCACUAUCAGAGAGUCAGAUCAUCAAGGCUCACGAUCAGGAGUAAUCUCUACGGAUGCUACGAACAGGUGAGAUGGUACGAACAGCAUCACCCGAGACUUUUGUUGAUUAACAUGACAACAUGCAUCUUCUCACGAUCGUCGAUUUAUCUCCGCUUGUUUCCGCUUUGUCAAAUUGGAAGACGAUGAUUACUUACACUAUGAAGAUGAUCAGACUAUUACAUACAAUUAUAUACUUUCAUUAGGUUUUUGCCUCUAAUGUGUUCUUUGCCACGGCUGUUGGUUUUCUGAUUCUCACUUGGUUAGGCGACCCAGGUUGGGUACAUCCUCCGGUUGCACGGCAAGCAAACGGAUUCGCGUCUUCAGGAGAGCGACAAGUAGAAGAAGGACAACAUCUACCACAGAGUAUUCGAUAUGGGAAACCUUCGGUAAAACUGCUGCCAAUCAGUACUUGUUCCAACGAGGGUGAAGAAAAGGUACCAGUAACGGGAAUAGAGGAGACUCCCGGAGCAACGCAGACGACUCCUGGAAUUAUAGCACGAGAGACUCCCGGAGCAACGGAGACAACUCCUGGAAUUAUAGGAGAGACUCCUGGAGUAGGAGUUGGGGUAACGGAGACUCCUGGAAGCCAGGAGGGGGCUCCUCGAAGAUGGAUUGUUUCCAUCGAAGAGCUCGUCUAUCAAGAAGACAAUGUGGUGCCGGACUCAAAACAUGACGGCCAACAUAGUGCUCACGAUAAGAGUGCAGCAUCUUCGGAAGCGUUAAAAGAGGGCGAACAUUCUCAAGUAGAGCCAGGUGGCGAACAUUUUCAAGAUCAUUAUGUGGACGAGCAGGAGGUGACGCCGGCGCCGCGUCCUAGGUUUCCGGACAUCAGUCUGGCGAUUUUAGACAUUUUCUCCAUCAUCAUCAGAUGGGAUUAUUAAGGGUAGGUUAAAGGUGCUUUUCUUACCGCUUUUUAUGCCUCUCUCCCUUAGGAUGAGAAAGGCAAAAGAUGAAGUGGGGUAAGCAAGCACCAAAAGCCUACCUCUAAGAUUACCAGGUCAGAUCAAGUCUCUCUUCAAAUUGUGCUUCCCUCUGUAGGAUGCUGAGGCGGACAGUAGAAGGUGAAUCUUUAUCUUAUUCGGAGACGAGGAUCGGAACAGGAGAAAAAGGUUCUGCGCCAAAGGAGGCGUCUUUUUCAGAGACGAGGAUCGGAACAGGAGAAAAAGAUCUUGCUCUAAUUCUAAAGGAGUCGUCUUCAAGGAUACUUCUAGCACGGAAAGCUGUUGAUACAGCUAGCAAAGAAGCUUCAACAACUUCAAGGAGCAGAUCGCACUGUAGAACGGCUGAUUCUGCGCUAAAGGAGGAUUUAGAACGACACGACUAUACUAGCUCUGCCUGCAACUACAGAGAGGGAGUACACUCACUAGCCGACGAUGCAGGUGAAUCUGCAGAGACGGAGAAACAAGAACAUGUCGUAGUGGAGAAAGAGAAGCAGGAAGAGGCACAGCAACAAGUAGUGGAGAAAGAGAAACAGGAAGAGCAACAGCAACCAGUGGUUCUUGAAAAGCAAGGACCAGAGGACGAAAAACAGGAGAAACUGAAGCGCCAGAUUGACCGGAAUUUCAACGCCUAUCAUGCCAGUAGUUUUCCCGUGAAUUUGGAAGUAUCAUUAAGCCUUGAAUUGCCAUACUCUUUUGUUUGAGACAGUGUAAAGAUUUUGGGCUUCCUCGGCCCACCUCAUCAUUAAGACUUCAGGAACUGCCUCACUCUGCUAAAGGUCUAACUCACUCUGCUAAAGGUCUAACUCACUCUGCUAAAGGUCUAACUCACUCUGCUAAAGGUCUAACUCACUCUGCUAAAGGUCUAACUCAGAAGAACAACAUUCCUCCUAUUGGUAGCCUUUGCCAUUUGGGCAACUUCGGAUGCGAAUACGUAGAAGCAAAGUGGUGUCAUACUUAAGGCUGCAAGAAAUCCAUCUUCCCCAGCAUCUUGGUCCCGUUUUUGAGGGAAAAACAGGGACCGAUAUGAAGAGCCGCAAAAAAGAUCGAUUAAAUGUUGUAGCUCUAACAUACGUGUCGCACGUAUCGAAAACCCAGAGUAGUCCAUUGCCGUCAAUGCAACCAGUGCAUCCAAAACUUCGAUCAUCACUGUCCUUGGGUUGGCAACUGUGUGGGGAAAAAGAACCUGAGAUAUUUUAUGGACAUAUUUUGUGCGGCACAUGAUAAGACGUAGCUUUUCAAUACAGUGCACAUAGGAAGUAGUUUUUCAACACAGCGGGAAGCCAUCUUGAUGUGCGUGGGAGAAUCCUAUCCUUUCCUCCUCCUUCAUGUCACUCGUCGGUUUUUGCGGUUCUACUGGAGUGCUGUCGGGUUUUACUUUCCUGUACGCACUGGCACAUGCAGUAUUGGAUAUCUAUGUGCUCGGCGAUGGCAGCCAAGCUUUCCUCCACUGGGCAACGCAGGAACAUCCAGUGUCGGCUAUUGUGAUGAUGUUUAUGAUGUAGACGUAGUUCCGAUAGCUAGAACUCUCUGUGAUGUUAAGCUAGUACUAUGUGAUACUGUGAUGAUGUUUAUGGUCUACGCUAGUACGAUCUGUUAUUUUGAUGAUGUUUAUAGUAUCAGCUACUGUGAUUCGUUUAGCUCAUACUAUCUGUGAUGAUGUUUAUGGUUUAAACGGUCUUGCUUGAGCUACUGUGAUGAUUAUGUGCCUAGAAUCAUGAUGCAGUUCCAAACGACUCAAUCAAAUCGCAACAAAUUAUGGAUAUGGUGCUAGGUAAUGCCAAAUCAAAGCUUCUUAUAAUGUUAAUGAAGAGAUCAAAUAAUGCUAAAUCAAUACUUUUUCAUGUAUGAAUCAAAUUUACAACUCUAAACUUCACACCUUUUUCUCUAUGUGGGCACCGUUCGGCAUGUGUAUCGUGGGCUGCGUGAACGCCAUGUGCAGUCAUACGACAUAUGAGGUCAUCAGAUGGCCUUUUGCUUAAGGCAUUUCAGAUUGAAGGAAUUGUUGUAUUCCCUUUUGCUUAAGGCAUUUCAGAUAGAACGAAUAUUUAGUAACACUUUGGUUCCACGCUUAGUUGCCAAGCGUCGGAUACAGCAGGCAUAUACAGUGGGAUAUUAGAGUAGUCCAAAUCAAAACCUACAUCUUUUCGUCAUAGAUGCGGAGAGCCGCGACUGCUUGCUACCACCAACUUGUUCUACUACUCUCCGAGGCGAGCCAAUUCCUAUCCUAUCCUAUCCUAUCCUGCCCUAUUCUAUAGUCGGACUUAAUAGAUGGCACUGGGACUUCUAGCCGCUAAUUCACCUGCGUUGCGAACCGUUAUUGGGUUCUGAAUGGCGGGACCCGAGAUCGCACCUAUUACCAUAUCUUCCGAAAGCAGAGCCCCUACGACAAUUUCUUGCACAACUUGGGACUCCGGGACAUGCAUAGGAAACAAGAAGUUCGCAAAAGAAACUUCUCAUAAAAAGGACACUAGAGAAUGCUAAGUUAGCAGUACAAUUUCAAGAGAUUAUAACUUGUGGUAAGUACUACUGCUAGUUUGUGGUAAAAGUACAAGAGAUAAAAACUCUGGAAGAGGAAAGAAGAGCGGACUGGAAAAAUAUGGUUGGAAUUUGUCUUUUCGAGCAUAUGGGUGAAAUCAUAUUACACACAUACAUUACAAUGCAAUUAGUGGGAAGAUGACCCGUCUUCUCAUGACACUUGUCUUGUUGCUCGGUCUGUGAGUGAUUCGCGUUCGCAUUCUGCACUCUUGUCACAAAUUCCGGAGCACCGUCGAUUUUGUCAGGUUUCAACACUACAAAUGCUUGGAACAAGAACUCAAUGUGGUUGAAGAUAUUGAAGACGCAGCUGACUCUGUGUGUGCAGCUUACUUCUUUGCUGCUAGUAACUCGAGUCCAUUCCUGCAAUUCUGGUGUCCACCGACUCUGGCGUCAAAAAAAAUCUAUGGCACGAGGAGUCCUCGACCAGCG